GAUGUUUGGCCCUGUUGCGACCGCGGACAGACAGAAGCAAGUGGACCGGUUUGAAGCUAAGCUAAUUCAGUCAAUUUACAGCUGGUUAAUAUCGAUUUUUGCAUUUGUUUCGUUCACAGCACACGCAUGUAUCUGUUUUUGAAAAAUCUAAGCUACGUGUAAAUAUUUCUGCCACUAGGCUAACACGCAGGACUGGACGUUUAUUUGAAGAAACCGCUUCUGUCCUGCUAGCUUUGUCGGCAGCGGGUAGGCGCCACUUCUGUUUGACAACAGCGCGAUUCGGUCACGUUCCCGGUGUUGUUGUUUGUAGCGGCUCAGUUAAGGAGCUGAUUUCCGUUAGCUGCAAGUAGCGAAAAUAAAGAAAACUUCACAUCGGUUUUAAAAAAAGUUAGCAUGGCAGAAUUCCUGGAAGACCCGUCGGUUCUCACGAAAGAUAAGCUGAAGAAUGAGCUUACAGCAAACAAUGUGCCACUUCCCAGCGGUGAGCACAAAAAAGAAGUGUACGUGCAGCUGUAUCUGAAAAACUUAACCAUACUGAAUAACAAGAAAAGCCCGCCUGCAGACACUUUCUCCAGCGACGAAGAGUUACCUGCCCCCGUGGUGUCAAACAAAAGUCGGUCUGGAAGAAAAGCUACCAAAAAGACAGAUAAGCCUCGCACAGAGGAGGUGGAAGUGACAGAUCUCACCGAUGAAGAUUUAAAACAGCAGCUGGCAAAGCAUGGUGUGGAGACAGGACCUAUUGUUGCCUCUACCCGUAAGUUGUACGAGAAGAAGCUGCAGAAGCUUUUGGACCAGCCUCCAGCCGAACCUGAAGCUCCUACAGAUGUCACAGCUCUCCCCAAGGCAGACAGCAACCAGAACGGCAACACAAACUCUGACCAGUACAGCGACAAAGAAGAUGAGGAGAUUGCCGCGCCUGAACCAGAGCCAGUUCCUGUAGUAGAGAAGCCUGUGAGGAGCAGAGGAAAAGCUCCUGUCACUGUCAGAACCAGCAGCAGACGACAAACCAAGGUGGUGGAGGAGAUAAUUACUGAAGAGACCCCUAAAAAGGCCAGCGAGAGUGUUGUUGAAGAUAUCCUUGCCAAUGAAAUAAGCACACCAACAGGCAUCAGUGCAACCUGCAGACGUCCAAUCAGAGGUGCAGCCGGUCGGCCUGUAAAACCAAGUGAGUACUGGCUGGACGAGUCCCGUGUCCAGCACAGUGUCCACACCGAGAGCCGCUCUUACUCUGAGUCUUUGUCCCGACCGAGCAGCAACGUUUCGUCAGGCAAAGCGCCUGUCCGACGAGGCUUCCUGUCCCUGUUGCUUAAGCUCCUGCUCCUUGUGGUGGUGUGCGGUUCUCUCUAUUAUGCCUACCAGAACCUGGAUUCCGAUCAGAUCAACACCCUCAGAGGCCUCCUGGACAGCGUGGUCGUCCCGCUCCAAGGCGCUGUGGACACGGCAGCCGCCUACCUGGGCAUCGGCAGCAGCGGUGCUCAGGAGAGCAUCGGAGAGUAAAGACCCUCGGCCGUCCCUCACCACCUCCCUGCCACAGCACACCACGACUCAAGCAGUAAACCUGGCUCACCUCUUCUCUUUUCCUACAUGUUUGGACAAAGGACACAGUUUUAAUUGAAACAAUAAACUUUCCUCUCGCUGAAGUCCAGCUCUCCUCCCACCACCAGAGGGAGGUGUACUCAGACAGUAGCUUCUGGAUAACACUGUUAUGUGGCAGUCAGAAGAGACUAAUUUUAAUGUUGAGUUUAAUCUGUGAAUUGUUUGUGUCUUUGUGUGUAUUUAACCCUUCUAUGUAGAAACGAGUGCAGAACGGAGAGGCCAGUUUAUCCAUGCAUGGUUGUAGUUUUCGAAGGUCAUACUGUAGUUUUUCUCUAACGCUCUGUGCCAGGUGUUUUUCUGAUGGUGAAGUGCCUGGACACCGUUAGCACUUAGUGCCCUCCCAUUUAUUUCAAGCACAAAGCAGAGCUUCUACUAACACCAGAAUGUCUACACGUGUUUCUCAUUGAAUUUCAAAAUUUGCUCCAUAGCUAUAGAUUUUAGGUAGAGUGAUUCAUUAUUUCUAUGGUGCUCAGGUUGAUUCAACUCAAACUUUUUAAAUGUGGUCUGUGCUGGGAGGAGACAUAUGGUGUAAUCAGGACACAUCACUGCAUGAGGAAAAUCAGCCCACAUUCAACUUGAAGUACUUUUUUCUUUUCUUUUUCUUUUUCCAGUGGCUGAUCGCUUGUUGAAAAAGCUCAUAUGGGGCUCUGUGAUCACAUCUCAAAUCAGGAUUCUAUGUUUUGCCAUCAUGAUUUUAUGGUCAAUGGAUUGAGGUAGAAAAUUUUCUGUACUUUGGGCAUCUUUUGUCAACAAUGUCAAUUUAAAAAACUGAAUAUUUUAAAUGGAAAAGCUCUUAAGCAUCAUCUACCUUUUUAUUUGUCAAGUACUUGUUGAGGAAACUAAAAUUGCAACAUUUGACAACAGAUUAUUGAUUUUUUUUUCCCACCCCUGCCACAAUGCCCAUUUGAGUUUACAUGCGUUGAAUUUUAGUGCUCUUGUGCUUUUCUUUAUUUGUUGUUUUUAUAAGAUUUCUGAUCCUUCGGUCCUGUAUAUUGGACUGGCUGUUGCAGUGCACCCACAUAGCCCACCUCACUGACUGCAUGUGCUCAGACAGCGCAGAUUUGCAAAGAAGACACAUGGAGAAAGUAAAUCCUUUUGUUGCAGUUUACCCAUUUAAUGUUCCAACUAUUCUUCUGCCUGGGCAAAAUUACUACUAGUAAAGACACUGUAGGCUGCUCUGACUGGGGUUUUGUGCCCACUGGGAGAGAGGGAGCGUUCACUGGAGAGGACGUUGGGGGGUAAGAAGAUUUCCUUGGGGUUUGGUUUCUAUUUUGAUAUUUUUCUAAAGUGGUGUGUUCAACUUUUUAUAGCACAUUUUAAGGUAAAAAUGUAAAGCAAUAUGUAAUACAUGCAAGUCAUACUGUAUCUUAAUCUGAACCUUGCAGACUUAACACAACUUAUUCAUCAUCAGGCAGCUCUCCCACAAUGGACAGAAAUGACAGGGGAUAUGUGGGUAAGGAUUUUUAAUCUGUUUAUUUAUGAUAAUGUAGGAAGUGUAUCAUAAAAUAAACCUGGCUGUUAAAUCUUC